CACUCUUACUAUAUGUAAAAGUAAUUGAGUGUGUCCAUCCGACCGAUAAAAAUGCGACGCUGUUGAUUCAGUCAAGAAACAUAUGACAUGACUUUCAAGGAGGAACAUGAAUAAGAUUAUCAGUGCAUAGUGACGCUCAGUGGUCCUCAAGCGAGCUAUACACAUUACUUUCACGUUUCGUGUUACAGCUGAUCUCUUGGGAUUAAGUAGAACUUACAGUUUACAACAUGAAGACAAACAGGAAAAUCUCACCUAUUAGACGAUGGAUAAAGGAAAACCUGAUGAUCACGCUGACUACUGCAGGGAUCGUCCUCGGGUUCGCUUUAGGAUUUGGUAUCCGGGAGGCAAAACCAUCUCCCGAAGUUCUGACUUGGAUAGGUUUGCCCGGAGAACUGUUUAUAAGGAUGUUAAAAUUGAUGGUCAUACCUCUCAUUGUCAGCAGCGUAAUUACAGCUACAGCCUCUCUGGACGCUAAAUCUAAUGGCCGGAUUAGUCUCGUUUCCAUUAUCUUUAUCGUCUUCACGAAUAGCCUCUCUUGUGUCGUCGCCAUCGCCCUUGUUCUCAUCAUGAAACCAGGAGAUGGAGUGAACUCAGAAGUAACAGAGACGAUAUCUUCAGCUGGUAUAGAAACAUCGGAUAUAUUUGCAGAUUUGCUAAGAAAUAUAAUGCCUGACAAUAUUGUGGAUAUGGCGUUCCAACAAACACUGACACGAAACGACGUGACUAAUGAAACCUACUUAAGGAAUACAACUAACGGAACUGACGAGGAGACUUUCAGAAAAGUUAACAAGUCGAUAGGGAAAACAUCGGGCACCAAUAUACUCGGUAUUAUUAUGACAUGUUUGCUGCUAGGCAUAGCAAUAAACAAGGCAGAAGAGAAGGGAAAGCCAGUACUCGACUUCUUUAAUUCGCUGACAGGUGUCAUAAUGAUAAUCCUGAAGUGGCUUUUAUGGUUCACGCCCGUGGGUAUCCUAAGUUUGAUCGCAUUUACUACAGCUUCUGUAAAGGACCUUUGGGAAUUUUGGUGGGUCUGCUGGCUGCUGGGGUAUUACUGCAUCAGUUAAUUAUAAUGCCGACACUGUUUUUUGUGUAGACCCGACGAAACCCUUAUAGAUUUGCUGUACAGAUCAGUAAAGCUUGGAUGAUUGUCUUUGCAACAACAAGCUCUGCGAUGGCUAUUCCUGAGAUAUUGUCCGCGUGCGAAGAUCACCAGAACGUCGACAGAAGGGUCAGUCGAUUUGUUGCGCCAUUGUCCGUGGCACUUAGUUCAAACGGGAGCGCCAUGUUUAUUGCAGCCGCUUCCAUAUUUAUUGGCAAUGUUGUGGGAAUGGAUCUGAAUGCUGGUGACAUAAUUCUUAUAGGCAUUUUAGCCGCUAUUUGCAGCAUGGCGUUACCUAGCAUACCAAGUUCUAGUAUCGUAGCCAUAGUGAUGAUUCUGACAUCAAUGAACAUACCAGCCGGUUCUAUUUCUCUGCUGUUUGUUAUUGAGUGGUUGUUGGAUCGGAUCCGCUCGACCAGUAAUCUCGUAAGCCAUACACACUGUGUAGUUGUAACGUAUCACUUCUGUAAGAAGUCACUGGAACAGUCCGACAUGUUAGAUAUAGAAACUGGGGACGACAAGACCCAACAGUCGGUAUUCUAGAUAUAUUUGCUACGUAUUAACAUUAGCUUGAUUUAUUGUUUGUGUAAGAACAAAAUUUAUAAUGGAUAAUGGAAAUAUAUGAGUUAAUAAAGAAAUAAAACACAAGGGGAAACGAUGCAGCAAUAGAUAGAAAAAAGGAUGCUAGCACUCGGGACAGUCAGCAAUGUAUUCAUUCCAGAAGGAUUCUCAUUCAAGGAAACCGAGUCACUUAAGUACAACCGUCAUAUCCCUACUAGAUGACAUAAACUAUUUUUGUUUCAAAACAACUGUGAGGAAAUUAAAAUGAUUAAAGCGAUGGAAAAAAACAAAGAUCAUUAUGCACUAAAUUUUAUUUUUUCAAACUACGAUUAAAACGAAUGAUGUGUAUAAUUAAAACAAAAUAAAACAUGUUGUACAUCACAAAAUACGUUCUUUACGAAUAGUUUUUUCUUCAUUUUCACUACUUAUAAUAUGCAUGUGCUAUGGAAUUUAGUUUUUGUAUUUUGCCUUUAAACCAUCAAGAUUUAUCUAUUGGUCAUAAUUUCAUUACUGGCAUUUUAAUCAAAUAAAUGCUCAU